CACAUUUUUAAUUUUUCCCAAAAUGGCAUCUUAGUCAUUCUGUCUUAGUAAUUAGUGUGUAUUUUGUGUCUGUGCUGUAUUUUAGCAGUAGUGUAAGGAGUGAGUGUGUUGUUUAAAAUAUGAAGAUAACGAAGAUAAUCAGUAGCAGAUAAGGAAUCAUCUAAAAGAAAAACACGUGUGACAAUGGAGGUGCCUUCCGUAAACCAUAUUUUAAGUAACUGCCUAAUUUUAAGUGUGAUAAGCACCAUUGUGAUAGCACAGAUUCCCCAAAGAUACACAUCACAGAACCCUUGUACGACGAAAUUAAAGUGCCAUGAGUGCAUCCAGACGCCGAGCUGUGCUUGGUGCACCGACCCGGAAUACAAAGGAAGCGCCAGGUGCUUCCAGCCGGCCGCCGGCAUCAUAUCCAACAAGCUCUGUCGAGAGAAGUUUGUCCUGAACCCGGACAACAUCCUCAGGGUCAUAGAAAACUUGGCCCUUACAAGGGCGCAAUCUGUCUCCGGCGGCGGUGGGUCUAUGGUGGGUGUAGGAACAGGUAGUUUCGAGUAUAAUGAAACUUGGUCGGGGAAGGGCAGCAUUAAUGGAAGCAGCGGGUUCAGUGGCAAAGCUGCCGGGCAUGGGAGAAUCGUCCAGGUGGCCCCACAAAGACUGAGUUUGAAACUAAGGGCAAGAGAAACAUACAGCGUCAGCAUGUAUUACUCCCAUGCCAAAGGCUACCCUGUCGAUCUCUAUUAUCUUAUGGACCUUAGUAAUUCCAUGAAGGAUGAUAAGGAUAACCUAUACACCCUCGGUGACCAGCUGGCUUCUACGAUGAAAAAACUUACACCAAAUUUCAAGCUGGGUUUCGGCAGUUUUGUCGAUAAGGUUGUUAUGCCGUAUGUGAACACGCUCCCAGAGAAGUUGCGCAACCCCUGCGAACAAUGUGUAGCUCCCUAUGGAUUUCGCCACCAUAUGACUCUUAGCAAUAAUACGCACAUGUUUUCACACAUGGUAAAGCAAGCUAACGUUUCUGGAAAUCUAGAUGCUCCUGAAGGAGGUUUCGAUGCUAUUAUGCAAGCUGUCGUGUGUAAGAAUCAAAUAGGUUGGAGAGAUAAGGCCAGAAGACUACUCGUAUUUUCUACAGACGCUAGUUUUCACUUUGCGGGAGAUGGAAAGCUGGGUGGUAUAGUUAAGCCCAACGAUGGCAGCUGUCACUUAUCACACGAGGGCUUCUACACUCAGUCAUCUUAUCAAGACUAUCCUUCCAUCGAACAGAUAAAUCUCAGUGUAAAGAAGAAUUAUAUCAACGUAAUCUUUGCUGUUACCAAAAGCACUAUUAGUAUUUAUGAACAGCUUGCUAAGAACAUAGAAGGGGCCUCCGUUGGUAAACUGGAAGGUGACAGUUCCAAUAUCGUACAACUCAUAAAGGAGCAGUAUCAACAGAUCACUUCGACCGUCGAAAUGAAACACAAUGCAUCAAGUGCAGUCAGCCUUAAAUUCCACAGUCGGUGUUUGAACACCACUGGUGCUUUGGUGAAUACUAACAAGUGCGAGAAUAUAAAGGUUGGAGAUCUCGUCCAUUUCAAAAUUGUCAUUGAAGUACUCAAGUGUCCCAAAAACCGCGCUGACCAUUUUCAAACAAUCAGAAUUUACCCAGUCGGUAUAGAUGAAAGUUUAAUUAUCGACUUGGAGAUGUUGUGUGAAUGUGACUGUGAAAAACCAGGACAUGAGUUUUAUGAGGAAAAUUCUCCCCUUUGUUCCCAUUUUGGUACAUACAAAUGUGGCAUCUGCGAAUGUUUACCUGGUGCUUUUGGUCGGAGGUGUGAAUGCACCUCUGAGGAAAUCAGCCGUGAUAUCACCAAGAUGGACUGUAUUGAUCCCAAAAAUCCCAAUGGCACCUCGUGUUCCGGCAAGGGGCAGUGUAUUUGUGGCCGUUGCGAUUGCGAAACACGCAGCAACGACAAUGAGAGCAUUUAUGGUCCCUACUGCGAGUGUGACAAUUUCUCUUGUGAACGACAUGAUGGCAAGCUCUGCAGCGACCACGGUACUUGCGAAUGUGGCGAAUGCCACUGCACUGACGAAUGGACAGGUUCCAACUGUGCCUGCCGAAAAUCCAAAGCCAACUGCUACCCUCCAGGUACAGAUAGUAACGUAACGUGUUCUGGCCAUGGUACGUGCGAAUGCGGCCAAUGUGUUUGUGACUAUGUCAAAGAGGGAAGGUACACUGGAAAGUUUUGUGAGAAAUGUCCCACAUGUUCCGAUAGAUGUGAAGAGUUCAAAGACUGCGUUCAGUGCCAGUUGUACAAGACUGGAAAAUUAAAAGACUCCGAUUGCCUCUUGAACUGUACAAAAUUUGUGCCAAUAGCUGUAGAGGAAGUUGUUGCUGACGAAGACAACAACGAGAUACUAUGUGCCUACUAUGAUGAGGAUGAAUGUAGAUUCACCUACGUCUAUUAUUUUGAUGCCGACAAUAAGAUUCAAGUGAGAGCGCAACAGGAAAGAGAGUGCCCUUCAAAGGUAUAUGUACCAGGCAUAGUUCUUGGCGUGGUAGCGGCUGUUGUUCUAAUUGGUAUGGCAGUGUUGCUGCUUUGGAAGCUGCUUACGACCAUUCACGAUCGGAGGGAGUUUGCAAGGUUCGAAAAGGAGAAAAUGAUGGCAAAGUGGGAUACUGGGGAAAAUCCAAUAUACAAGCAAGCCACUUCCACAUUUAAAAACCCAACCUACGCUGGAAAGUGUUGAAAAAGUAUUCGAUUAUGUAGAUCUGAACUGUAUAGUCAUAGUAGGGUUGUAUACUGCCAUAAAUUUAGGUCAUAGCGAUCUGAAAUUAAUGAAAACAUUACUAGUAGACAAAUAACGUGCCUACGCAUUUAAAACAGAGUGUCUUAUCUUGAAUAGCGCAUGUUUGUGAAUAUAUUUGCGAAUUUUUUACAAUUUUUAAUAACUAAUUACGAUUAUUGUGAAAUAAUAUUUAUAUGAUUAAUUAGACACGGUGUUAUUAGUACUUAAGUCGUUAAGUCACUACUUUAAGGGAUCUUGUUCAGUUUAUUUUUUGUUUGACUUCUGUCGUGAAAUGUUUUUAAAUUUUAGCGUAAAGGCUUUUACGCGCUUCACAGCUAUAUCGUAGGAUUUACUAACUUAUUAACUGUAUUUUUAUCCUAUUAAUCCUAAUAGAUGACUGUUACUAUUUAGAAUAACCAGAUUUUAAAAAUACAUAUUAAAUUUAGUUAGAA